AUGCACUCAUUGCGUGGCAUUGCGCCGCGUUUGCUUACCCGGAGCUCCGUAUUGCCUCCGCUACCCCUCAAUCGUCUUGCACACCGACUGCCCGCACUUCACUCUCCUUUCUCCAUCUCCCACUCCCUUCGAACACUCAUCAUGGACGAAAACGUGAAACAGCAUUAUCUGGCUGACUCGCCGCCUAGUGUGGUCCGUCUGGAAAUCAAGUCGCACUUUGACACUCUGAAAGAUGAGAGUCUUCGGCGAUAUGCCCACUACAUGAGCAGGGCUGCGUUUGAGGGCACUCGUGUGACUUUGCGCCAGGUCUCACCCGAGUCAGAACCUAUAUACGACCUUAUUCUCAAGCUCCACAAAGCCUGCAAUGGCGACUGGAAGAGUCUCGCCCAAAAGACUCAGGUCAGCGAUGAACACCUUCGCUUCUUCCUCGAAUACGCCGCUCAGUUCCUGGGUAACUGCGGUAACUAUAAAGGCUUUGGUGAUUCCAAGUUCAUUCCUCGGAUCCCCGCAUCUGCCCUCGAGGCUCUGGCAUCGAGUACGUCGGAGACCAAGGAGGCUUUCCAGAAGGCACGCAGCACUGGUGGCGGUAUCUACGAGACUGCUGAACAGUCUAUGAUGCAUCUGGGCUACCCUACCAGUGGCCAUAUGACUACUUACUACCCGGACUCGCCCACAAUUACCAAGGACGAGAUCACGGCUGUUGGUGACUUGAUGGAGAAGAAGGGCCUGGCGUUGGAAAAUACCCGAAUCCGCAAGACGGCUUCGGGAGACUUUGAACUCUUGAUUGCAGCUGGAGUCACCAAUCCUCCCGCGAGGGAUCGCGACCUCGGCGCGACUGAUACUUUUGAGCUCGAGGGGGCUCUCAAGGGCAAGACCCUCCGCCUGGUAUUUGGAGACUACCAGGAAGAGAUGGCUAAGAUAUCGCACAACAUUAAGCUUGCUGAGCGCAAUGCGGCAAAUGAUAACCAGAAGAAGAUGUUGGACGCUUAUGCUCUUUCAUUUGGCGCUGGAUCUAUUGAAGCAUUCAAGGAAAGUCAGCGGGUUUGGGUCAAGGAUCAGAAGCCCGCUCUAGAGACGAACCUGGGAUUCGUGGAGACCUACCGUGAUCCUCAUGGUGUGCGUGGAGAGUGGGAGGGCUUUGUCGCUCUGGUGAAUUUGGAGCGAACUCGGGCGUUUGGCGCUCUCGUGGACAGUGCUGAGAGCAUGAUCCCCAAGCUCCCCUGGGGUACCGACUUCGAAAAGGAUAAGUUUCUCAGUCCCGAUUUUACCUCUUUGGAAGUCUUGAGCUUCGCUUGCUCUGGUCUUCCCGCCGGCAUUAAUCUUCCCAACUACGACGAUAUCCGCCAGAACUUGGGUUUCAAGAAUGUCUCCCUUGGCAAUGUUCUGAGCGCAAAGGCCCCGAAUGAGCCCAUUCCAUUCAUUGCUGAGAAGGACCAGGAGGUCUUCCGCCGCUGCCGUGAUCCUGCCUUCGAAGUUCAGGUCGGUAUCCACGAGCUGCUGGGCCAUGGUACCGGCAAGCUUCUUCAAGAGACUGCACCAGGCGAGUACAACUUCGAUAUCUCCAAUCCUCCUAUUAGCCCCGUGACUGGCAAGCCCGUCUCAACCUGGUACAAGCCUGGUCAAACAUGGAGCUCAGUGUUCGGUGCUAUCGCCUCUUCAUAUGAGGAGUGCCGUGCCGAGUGUGUUGCUAUGGCUCUGGGCUGUGACUUUGAGAUUCUCAAGAUCUUCGGCUUCGGCGAUGGCAAAGAGGACUUGGCCGGUGAGGCUGGUGAUGUUCUCUAUGCAGCCUACCUCCAGAUGGCUCGUGCUGGUCUGGUUGCCCUGGAAUUCUGGGACCCCAAGACUCAGAAGUGGGGACAGGCUCACAUGCAGGCUCGUUACAGUAUUCUGCGCACUUUCCUCGGCGCUGGCGAUGACUUUGUCAAGCUGUCCUAUACCAAGGAAGAUCUGUCGGAUCUAGAGAUCCUCCUGGACCGAUCUAAGAUUCUGAGCCACGGUCGGCCUGCCGUUGAGAAGUACUUGCAGAAGCUGCACAUUUAUAAGAGCACUGCCGACGUUGAGGCUGGUAAGGGUCUGUAUGACGAGAUCACCUCGGUCGACAGCUGGUGGGGAUCGCAGGUGCGCGAGGUUGUUCUCAAGAACAAGGUGCCUCGCAAGGUCUUUGUGCAGGCCAACACUAUUCUGGAAGGAGACAAGGUUACUCUGAAGGAAUAUGAGCCUACUCUGGAGGGCAUGAUCCAGAGCUUCGUGGAUCGCAAGGUGUAA